GCCAGAGAACAUUUUACGUUAGUUUGCGAUUCUGAGGAUUUGUCCGGUUCUCUGAGGCGAUCAUCAUAGGCUUCAUUCCAGGAUUUUGAUUGGGCAGAAGAUUCGAUAUGGGAAUUUCAAAGAUAGGUUUCAUGCUUGUUCUUUGCAUCCUAGUUCUAAGGAUCUUGACACCUGUCGGAGCACAAGAGGAGGAAGAUCAACAGUAUUCAAAACGAUCUACGAUGCUGCUGAAUCGACUGAUGCAUGCUUUAAAUAAAUCAUUUCAUUAUGAAAAUUUGAGUAUACCACAGAUGGAUUUACAGAGAAGAGGAGAAGGGAAGAUGUACUGGAAGUGCUACUUCAAUGCUGUAUCCUGUUUCCGAAGGAAAUGAAGGAUCUUGGAAAUUUAAGUAAAAUGUAAGUAGCUCCGAGCAUUAUGCAAAUCAUGUUAAGAAAUGUGAAAAAAAGUUCGUCUUUGAUGACGCUAAUAUAUAAUGGAGCUAAUGAGAUAAGAAAUUCAACUAAUAAAAGCCAUCAAUUUGAAUAA